AUGAUUCAACCAAUGCCAGAUGGUGAAACGAUUGAGAUGCCCGAUUAUUACAAUGCCAACAAUCCCAGAGUUGACAUCAGGUAUCCAUCAAAUUACCAUGAUUCAUUUUUCCUGAAGGCGAAGGUUUGCUGGUGGAAUAUGCCAAAAAAGAAGCGACUGUACUUUAUCGGUGCAUUACUCUUAUUCCUGAUGCUGCUUAUACUCGUCAUAAUGACUAUUUGCAUGCAGCCGGAACCAUCCAAUUUUCAACCCACGGAGAUUACCGUUACGGCAACAAUGUCAGUUAUUAGUACAACUACAGAAACUGUGCAUCCAACGCCACAGAUAAUGACAACAGCAGUGACCAACAAAACAUCGGUGUCCACACAAACAUCUGCAAAACUUCCAAAGAGGCCAUGA